AUGCCCACAGAGAAAAGGGAGGAAUAUGAAGCAUUGUUUAAGCAUCAACCGGAACUUACAAGAACUCAAUUUUAUGAUUUAUGUCAAGAAUGGGCAGAAAGACAAGGAGCUCAAAUCAAGAGACAGUAUCGUCAAUAUCGUCUAGAUGAAGAGCGGUAUAUCGUGAAGCGUGAUCGAAUUCUCAGAGAUAGGCUGGAUAGAUCAAAUGGUAGUAAUGCAGCAAAGAAUUAUUUGUAUGAAUUACUUGAUCUGCAAAGUAAUUUGAAUAUAACUCUGGGACUGUAUAACAGUAAAGAGGAGGAAAUGAGACAUUCCAUUUUUAUUGAUGUAUUACAGGAAGCCACAGAAAUAUGGAAUUUAUUGGAUCCUGCAAAUAUUGAUUAA